UUUUGUGGUUCGGCGACAAGGAUGAUUACAACCAGAUGGGAGCUAGCAGAAGAAAUCUGGCCAAGGGCAUGUCAACGGAUGACGAUACGACGUUCUGGACGGACGACGAUAGUCGAGAUAAGACGUUGAUAUGGGAAAAAGAGCCUCAAGACCGCCAGCGUACGAAGAAAGAUUCUGGCUUGACUCUUCCUUGGAUACAGAAGGAGUUGUUGAAAGUGAAGCAUUUGAAUGGCUCGUUCGCGGUUUGCUCCGUCAAUCCUGUUAUCGCUUGGACGAAAAGCAAUUGCGGCCCGUGGUGAGCCAGAGAAUCGUCGACGAGAUCCCUACUAGCACCAUGAUUAGCAGUCAGGAUGCACCCAAAAGCUACAAAGUCAUCUUUCAGCUCCCUUGGGACACACUUCGGACCGAUUUACAACUGGAAUCAGUCAUCUUCACCAGCUCAUCCGACUUCGAGAUACAAGCCACUACUGUUGAAGAUUACCUCGACCAAACCUGGGGUCACCGCGGGAGAGAUAUCUUGAGCGUAGUGGAAUCAGUACUUAAACAUAGAACAGGAAAGGACGCGAGUCCAGACACGGCGGGGAUCUUCUGCAUCGAAAGAAAAGGGGAAAAGAUUUGUGCAAUGCUCGGCACAGGCCAGAUCUCUGUUACCGGGCCGGCUUGUUACAUCGCAGAGCGUGCUGACCAGGUAGCAUGGCUGGUCGCUGCCCUCCAGCACUCACCACCAAGCCAGGAUCUUACAAUUCACAGCAAAGUCGUGGUGGAGAAGCAGACGCCCGCUGAAGGGGAGGAAUUUUGGCUUUUCCGAAACGUCAACGACACCAAAUCUACCGAGCCAACCUUGUCGUUUCUGCCUGAAUGGCUAGGUCAGGGCGUUGACUUGGUCAUUGCUCGAGGGUUUCCGACAGCUCGCCGACCAGAGUUCUGCCCGGGAAUAGAGGUUUCGGGAAGCACCCGCCUUCAACUCUUCAGGCGUUACGCACGGCUCAUAACAGACCCCCACCAAGUCGGUGGGAAAGUGAACGGGCCAGCAGGGAUCAUGAGGCUGGUGAAGAGAGUCGGGCAUGUGUUCAUCUGGCACUUAUUUGGGCGUCGACCGGAAUAUUCAGGUGAAUAAAUCCCAUGGUACCGAUAUAGUAACCGAAGCACUAUCAAGGGGUCCUACUGAGGUGGCUUGUAAGGAGAAAUAUGAAGAUAGGGGACUGUCCGAGUGGAAGGCUGGGUCUUUCUCUGAGGGGUCACGGGAGACAUCGAUCGAUUCGGAUAUGUUAUCGAUCUCGGAUGCCUCAGAGAGCGGCCGGCCCAAGUCGCCAGGAGAACUUGACAGGCUAUCUCCCGUCAUCACAUCCGUUGCAAAUCGUCUCUACAAUGGAUAUCGGACCUUGACUGCGCAAUCUGGCUCAUCAAGCGACGUCAACCCCGUCCGCAAGCCUGGUUUAAGACCUGCCGAGUCCAGAACGUCGAAACCUGGCAUACUUACUGGCUCACAUAAUAUCUUUGGGAGACGUCA